AUGCGCUGGGUGAGAUAUGAGGGCGAUGGCGGGGCUGUGUUCGGAAUUGUGGAGGGCGAUGAGGUUGCGGAGGUGAGCGGCAGCCCGUUCGAUGAGUAUGAGCGGACGGGGAAGCGACAGGCGCUGGCGGAUGUGCGCUUGCUGAUUCCGUUCGAGCCGAAGACAUUCUACGCGGCGGGCGUGAACUACGAGGAGCAUGUGCGUGAGGCUGCUGUGCUGUUGGGACGCGAGCCGGACAUUCCGCAGAAGCCGGACAUCGGCUAUCGGGCGAACAACGCGCUCAUCUCGCAUGGCGAGGCUAUCGUGAAGCCUGCCGACUCGACGGAGCGCUUUCAGUAUGAGGGCGAGCUUGUGGUGGUCAUAGGCAAGGAGGCGAAGCACCUGUCUGAGGAGGAUGCGCUGUCUUGCGUGCUGGGCUAUACCAUCGGCAACGAUGUGAGCGAGCGCACAUGGCAGGCUGGCGACCGCACGCUUUGGCGAGCGAAGAACAGCGAUACUUUCAAGCCGAUGGGCCCGUGGAUCGAGACGGAUGUUGAACUGGACUCGCUGCGGACGACGGUGCGGAUUAACGGCGAGGUGGUGUCGGACUUUGCGACGAACAAUAUGGUGUUCGGCGUGGAGACGUACAUCAGCGCGAUGACGCGCUACCUGACGCUGUAUCCGGGCGACAUGAUUUGGAUGGGCACGGACGGCGCGACGCAGAACAUGAAGGUUGGCGAUGUGUGCGAUGUGGAGAUAAGCGGGAUUGGCACGCUGAGCAAUCCAAUUGCCAGCGAAAGCUAA